AUGACACCUCCAAAUCUCGGAAUCAUCAUCCGAGCUCAAGUUGACACAGCCAUCUUUUCAUGCAGACUAUGUGAUCCAGCAGAAGACGAGAUCAAGUUUUAUUAUACAAGUCGCGCUCUUUCUCAACACAGCACCAAGUAUCAUCGACAACCAACAACUGUCAUAUUUACUUGUCACGAUUGCGAUGAUACUUUCAAAUCUCGUGCAUCCUUAUUGUCGCACAAAUGCAUUAAGGAAUUCAUGCCAGAUGACCAAGCUCGUGUGCCUCCCAUCACAGAAGAUGCACCUGAUGGGAAUUCUAUUGUCGACUUUAUGGUGAUAUCCACUACCAAGUCCUUCGUGUGUCCAAGCUGUGUCAUUGCACGCUUCAAUGACCUCACGCAUCUGCAAGAUCACCACGUCAAGCAGCAUUACCGAUACUUGCGACCUAUUUGGAGCUGCCCUAGACAAUGUGGAUAUCGCGACAUUGAAAGGCGUACAAUCACGGAGCACUUAAAGUAUUCCUGCGGCAUGCCACACAAUAAGCAAAAGACUCUUCUUUUCUUCUUUCCUGCUCUCUUGUCGUUCGGCACGGUUCUGCCACGGAUACUCGCUUGA